AUGGCCACAAUGCGGCCCUAUCAGGGCGUUAUGGAAGAGAUUAUGAAGAUGGCGAACACCCCGACAAAUGGCUCAAAAAAGUGUGUAGGCGGAGGCGGCUUCAUACCACCAAUCUUCCUCCAAGAAGCAAAAGUCCCCAAAUUCUAUCGCGAUGUGAUCGCAAUUUGUGGAGCAACUUCCGAAAGAUCACCACCAAAUACAGCACUUGUAUACAACCUAAUGGCCAAAUCCGGUCUCCCACCGAAUCUUCUCUCCUAUAUUUUCAACGCCGCCAGCCGAAAACAUCGUGGUCAGCUCGACCGAACUGAAUUCUAUACUUUGUUGGCGUUAAUUGCCUUGGCACAGAAAGAUUUUUCUUUGGUGGAAAUAUCGACGAUGAAUCAGUUGCCGAUCCCCUUUUUGGAAGGUCAUACCGCUGCUCCAAACCAAGAAGGUGCCGUGAAAAGUAAAAGUGGCAAGGUUCUCCCAAAAGCAACGUUUGGCCUUCCAUACGUUUUUAAUAAGGACCAGACAUCGCAAGGAAAUGCUGCUCAGCAAUCGUCGGCGACGGACCAGGGUUCGAUUCUUGAUUUUCGGGAAGAUAACGCGGUAGAAAUUGAUACUAGAAUGGAAAAAGAACUACAAGCUGUCUGGCCGCUUCUGAUCACCGAAGCGUGCAAUAUAUUAGAAGAAGCUGAUCAAGUUUGGAUCCAAGCCAUUGAUGUGCUGAAAGAAGUGGCUGUAACGGAGAGAGGACACAAUUAUCUGACAGCCCUCAGCAAGGUAUCAGCGAUACUGAAACGACUGAAUUGUCCUAAUCGGGAUUUUCUUCCGCACGAUCUGCGACAACGAGCCGAGAAGGCAACGCGAAUCUGGGAAAGACUCGAGAAUUUCCAUCGAUUAGUUAUAAUUGAUGCGCCGGAUACAAACUACGAAAAAGAGAAAUGUUCAAUCUGCCUCAGUUCCAUAACAAUGAACAACUCCGAACCCUUCGAAGGCCACAUCUACCACCGUGAAUGUGCCAAUCUCUGGUUUGACCGUGUCCACCAAAAAUUGCCCAAACUCUAUACCCAAAAACAU